AUGCCAAUUGGAAUCGCUAUUAUUGGGAGUGGCAAUUUUGCCAAAGAGCAGCAUUUGCCUGCGGUUAAAGCUGCUGCCGACCUCCAGCUCAAGGCCAUCUACUCCCGGUCCUUGAAGUCGGCCCAGACUCUGGCUAGCGGCACGUCAGACGUCGACCUCUACUCGGAUGACUCCGGUACUGGCAAGUCCUAUGAUGAUUUACUAGCCCGUUCAGAUAUCAGCGCUGUAAUUAUUGGCCUGCCCAUCUUGACUCAGCCCGAGUUCAUCAAGAGGGCUCUUACUGCGGGCAAACAUGUUCUUUCGGAAAAGCCCAUUGCUAAGGAUGUGGCUACAGCCCGGGAGCUUCUGCAAUGGUACCAAACCAGCAUUGAUCCUAUCAAGACCACCUGGGCCGUGGGCGAGAACUUUCGGUAUAUGACCAAGUUCCUCUUCGCAGCUGAAAAGGUUCGGGGACUGGGCAGAGUCCGGCAUUUCCGAGUCAACGUCCACACUCUGGUGCAAAAGGAUAACAAGUAUUACUUGACUUUCUGGCGGAAAACUCCAGAAUAUCAAGGAGGAUUCUUGCUGGACGGUGGCGUGCAUAUGAUUGCCGGCCUCCGCUUGAUUCUUGGUUCAACGGAGCAUCUGACUGCGGUCUCGGCUCAGACGCAACAGUUAAAGGAUUACCUCCCACCGGUUGAUACAGUCGACGCAGUUGUCCAGACAAAGUCUGGUGCUACGGGUGUUGUUUCCCUGUCAUGGGGGUCAGACUUUAACGACAACUGCUUCGAGUUUGCUUGCGAGAAGGGUGUGGUGACGCUGCACGGUGACAACGUGACUGUGAAUGGUGCCCAACACUAUAUCGAGUUUGAUGGCAAGGGAGUUGUCCCUGAGGUGGCGGAAUUCGCGUCGUCUAUUGUUAACGGUCGAUCUGUUGCAAAGAGACAAUCACCAGAGGAAGCGUUGGCGGAUUUGGAGGCGUUGGAACAGAUGUUGCAGAGUGGUAAGACGAAUGGGGACCGAAUGAUGCUUCAUUUCCAGGUUUAG